AUGUCGUGCAGUCCUCUCCGUGAUUGUGUUGAUGCAGCUGCAUUUAAAUCUCAACUUGAGCCUGUCUAUACAACUCUUGCUCAAGUAAGAUCCGAAAUAAACAAAUGUGACUGUAUGCUUUCUGAAUUCCAUGCAAAGGCAAACACAAUGGAUGCUGCAAUGUCAUCAAUGGUGCAUGACAUGCUCGAAGCCGAUUUGAAAAUGAUACAGACAAGUUAUACCCAGCUUGAAUUAUCUACCAAGUUUAUUCAUACUUCAGACAAUCACAUUGUUGAUCCAAUUAAAAAUGGCAUUCCAAUAGAGCAGACAUGA